AUGAUCAGACGUACUAUGGGAACGAAUGACAAAUCAGUUCAACUGAAAGUGUAUCUUGACAAAAAGAAGAAAAAGGUGAAGUUUGCUGUAGCAGAGGAAGACUUUGUGGAAAUCUUGUUUAGUUUUUUCACUUUGCCUCUUGGAACAAUUGCAAAACUCUCAAAAAAAUAUUCUAAUAAUGAUAUCAAAGUUGGAAGCUUGACUUCUCUAUAUGGAAGUGUCGUGGAUUUAAAUUUACAACAUUUCUCUAGCAAGAAGUGUAAAGAUGGUCUGGUAAAUCCAAGAAACACAUCAGUUUCUCAUUGCAAGAAGCUUAAAGUAAAUCUAGAUGAAACAAAUCCCAUGGAUGAUAGUGUAGCUACUGAUGAUGUUGUGUUUCUCAAAAACAAGGGUAACUUUAUCAUUACCGAUGAUCUCAAUGUAAAGCCUUUCAUGCUUGAUAAAAGCAUCCAACUUUUAAAUUCUCUUGGUGUUGAAUCCAUUAAUUGUCUAGAAGAGAGAAAGAUGCGUUUUGGCUUGGAAGAGUUCUCGAAUCUACUUCUGUGGUCACUAUCGACAAAUAAUCCUUUGACAAAUCUGGUGCUCGGGGGAAGUAAGAAGCCAUGGUCAUCCCCAUCGUGUCUCACAAAUUCUACAUUGAUCGAUAUUACUUCAGCUAAUUUGGUUUCAAGUAACUCUGGGAAGAUGACUCAACCAAUGAAAUUACUGGUGCAUAAAGCAAAGAAGAAGGUUCUAUGUGCACACGUUGAGCAUCCUUUUGUGGAACUGCUCUUCAGCUUUCUAACAAUCCCGUUAGGUAGUUUUGUACGUUUAACAAAGGAGAUCGAUGAUGAUUCAUCUCCAGUUCAAGUGGGCAUAAUUAAUUUGUACAACAGUAUUUCAUGUUUGGCUGAUGAAAAUUACUUGGAAUCUGAGGAUGUGAAGGCCAUGCUACUUUGCCCAAAGAUUGCAAAUAGUUAUCGUCGUGUCACUGAAUUUCUGCCGAUUUAUGAAGUAAACAAAGACGCAGGUCGUUUCCUUAAAGAACACGCAAGAAUAUUCAUAGUUUCUGACGACCUGGUAGUAACAAUCUCUCAAUCGAUUGAUAUAAUUUCAAAGUUCAACACACUUGGUGUUCAUGUUGCUGAUAUGGAGGUUCUGGAUGUAACCAUUGGUGAACAAGAGGCACUUUUACUUCUCAAGGCUUCUCUCUCGUCAACGUCAGCUUUAACUGAUUACUUUGAUCCAUUUAGGAAGAAACCAAAGGAUCAUGUACCAAAUAUUGCUUUUGCUGAAGAUGGUGGAAGCGAUUCCGGAGAAGAAGUUGAUUAUUCAGGAGAUGAAGUUGGUUUUACUUUAGAAGAUGAAGAUGAUAUUGAUGGAUCAUUCGUAAUUAUAGAUUUAUAG